GGCGUUUGCAUGUUAUUCUCUCCCUCCCUCUCUCUAUCUAUCCUGUUUUCGAAGGAAAAAGAAACCGCCAUGAGAUCCAUUCCCCGCGCACAUAUAUAAUAAACGCACGUCUUGAUGAAGCUCGUGUUCGAAGAGUUCCGGCCGAGGACUGCACUUUACCAUCUCACUACCUCGCCGUCGGGGAUUCAUCAAUUUCUUCGUGAUCCUCCACCUUCUCCUCUCGACUCGUUCCCGAGCUCUCUUGCGGUCGUAUCUGCAUCAUGCCGGUGCAUCUCACGCCCAAUGCAAUCUCCGCAAUUGUCGCUGGCGACGUUAAUUCCAAGCCCCUGGUGCAGGUUCUGGAUAUCAAGCUGAUCGGUAACGCGCAGGAGAGGUACAGCCUCUUGAUCUCCGAUGCUGUUUCUGCUGAGCAGGCUAUGCUCGCCACGCAGCUUAAUGAUAUUGUUAAGACUGGACGAGUCAAGAAAGGAUCCGUUAUCCAGUUGAUCGAUUAUGUCUGCAGUCCCAUCAAGAACCGCAAGAUUAUUGUUGUACUCUGCCUGGAAACUAUUAUAUUGGAUUGUGAGAUAAUUGGGAAUCCAAAAUCAUCAGCUCAAUCAGAGACUUUUGCACAAAAGGCAACACCGUCUGGAAAUUUAGAGCAACCUGCCAAGGUUGGUAAUGGUCAUUUGAGUGCCAGAAAUCCAGUUCAUAAUGUGCAAAGCUUCCAAGCUACAGUUCAACCUCCAUAUCAGCCACCUCCAAAUUAUAAAAAUCAUGGUGCAAUCAUUAAGAACGAUGCACCAGCUUGUAUAAUUCCCAUAGCUGCAUUGAAUCCUUAUCAGGGACGAUGGGCUAUAAAGGCAAGAGUUACUGCAAAGGGUGAUCUCCGUCGCUAUAACAAUGCCAAAGGAGAUGGAAAAGUUUUCUCUUUUGACCUCCUCGAUUCUGAUGGAGGAGAGAUACGUGUGACCUGUUUUAAUGCGGUUGUGGAUCGUUUCUAUGAGGUCAUAGAAGUUGGUAAAGUCUACUUGAUUUCUAAAGGUAGCCUAAAACCUGCACGGAAGGAUUUCAAUCAUCUAAAGAAUGAAUGGGAGGUUUUCUUGGAGGCAUCUUCCACUGUGGAACCGUGCCCAGAUGAAGAUGAUACCAUACCAAGACAACAGUUUUCUUUUAAACCUAUCAGUGAAAUCGAGAAUGCCGAAACCAACUCUAUUCUGGAUGUUAUUGGAAUUGUAACAUCUAUCAAUCCAUCAAUUCCUGUUCUGAGGAAAAAUGGUAUGGAAACUCAAAGAAGAGUUGUGUAUUUGAAGGAUGCGUCUGGCAGGAGUGUUGAGCUAACAAUGUGGGGGGAUUUUUGCAACAAGGAAGGCCAAAAAUUGCAAGAAAUAAUUUACUCAGGCCUUUCUCCCGUUUUAGCUGUGAAAUCCGGGAAGGUAAGUGAUUUCACUGGGAAAUCCAUUGGGACAAUUUCUUCUACUCAGCUUUUCAUAAAUCCCGAUCUUCCUGAGGCUCACAUCUUGAGGGAGUGGUACGAUGGUGGGGGAAAGAAUACUACUUCUCUAUCUAUUUCUAAAGAAAUUGUACCAGGAUCUGCCAAGAAUGAUAUUCGGAAGACUGUGUCUCAGAUUAAAGAUGAAGGACUAGGCAGAGCCGACAAGCCAGAUUGGAUAACGGUGAAAGCAACAAUAUCAUUUAUCAAAACAGAUUCUUUCUGCUACACAGCGUGCCCGUUAAUGAUUGGAGAUCGACAAUGCAACAAGAAGGUGACUAGAUCAGGAAACUCGAAGUGGGUGUGUGACAGGUGCAAUCAAGAAUUUGAGGAUUGCGACUACAGGUAUCUUCUGCAAGCUCAAAUCCAAGACCAUACUGGAUUGACAUGGGUGACGGCCUUCCAGGAAACUGGUGAAGAGAUUCUGGGUGUUUCAGCCAAGGAAUUGUAUGUGUUGAAGUAUGAAAACCAGGAUGAUGUCAAGUUUGGUGAAAUCAUCAGAAGUACAAUCUUCGGUCAAUUUCUGUUUAGGCUCAAAAUUAAGGAGGAGGUGUAUGGGGAUGAACAAAGGGUGAAAAAUACUGUAGUCAAGGCAGAUAGGGUAAACUAUUCUUCAGAAAGCAAAUAUAUGUUGGAUUUGCUUUCCAAAUUUUCGAGGUAACAAAUGAUUUCAUGCUGAUUAGGCGGUCUCAUUCUGUCCAGAUUUAUUUUACUGUUGGAGAACGAAAGGAAAUAUUCUUUUUUCCCCAGAAAUUCGUAGAAUAAAAUGUAUUUAGGUUAAACUUGUAUAUCACCAUGCAUCGAGUGCUCAAGAUUGGGAUGAUAAAUAGUUGACAAAAUUUGUAGCUUCAGUUCGUCAAAUGAUGUUUUUCUAGGUUGAAUAAUGAAUGCCUUGGAGGACUUUGGGCACAUCAAGAAGACAAAGCAAAAUUCAUCCAAACCAAAUGACUUUUGAGCCAAAUAGAAACUUUAUAUUGAAUAUAUCAUAGUUUCUGGUGAAUUUACAGCAGGAGCCGCAUAUUGAUUAUUACACACAAAACACAGAAACUACCACUACAGGGGAAUGGAACAUCAUGAAUGGAAAGUGAUAACAUAAUUGGUGGAAUGUGAUCCUCCGCAGCUCAGGUCCGCUUGACGGGAUCGAAAUUGGCGACGCCGAUAACUGCACCUAAGAUAGCAGUGACGACUACUCCACCAGCUGCAAUGCUGAGCAAGAAAUUCUUGAGAGAGGGACUAACGCCAGGGCCAGCAGCUUCAGCCACCUCAGGAAGGACCAUGGAAGCUGUGAGUGCCGUUGCAGCCAGUCCAGCAACAGCCUUCUCCUUCAAAGAAGCCCGCACUUGGAACUUGGCGCUGGAGCUUGAGGAGCCACUUGGCUUGUUGGAAGGCCUCAAAGGCAAUGGUUUGGCGAAGGCUUCGGCCCUCCUCGUUCUCUUCUGUGCCGCAUUAGUAAUUGGCAUCGGCAUUGAAAUAGCAGAAGUUGAAGCCAUUUGGUUUUCUCUUGGGCUCUUCUCUGUCAAAUUUUAUUGAAGUUUUUUCCUUUUACUCAGCUCUCUUCUAUGCUGAAAUGAGAGAGAGAGAGAGAUGAAGAAUAUUGGUUUU